GCAAGCCAAGGCCUGCGCCCACAAGGAGCAGUUGCUCUUUCAUUCAGGGAAUGGCAUAAUGUCGAGCGGAGAACAGCAGAUCUUUAUUUAAGGCACAGCUCCUUCAGCAACAAACCGCAUAGCAGGGAGGCAAAAACCCGCCAUCUGUCAGCAGUGACCGGGAGAAUAGUUGGAAUGCAAAAAAAGGCUUGAAAUAUACCAAAACCGAGAGGUUUUCGCCACAAGAUUCCUCCAAGAAUGACCUCUGAAGGAUGUCGGAUUUAUGAAGAAGAUGCUGAGUGCGACAACCACACCAUGGGAAGCACAGAACUUUGGCCGGACAGAUUAGAUUAUGAAGAGCUGCAAAAUCUCCUUGAUGAAGAUGAAGACUGCAAGGAGAAUGUGGCCGAACUUGAGAGAAUGGAAGAAGAUGUGCCUUGGGAAGAAAGAGACAGUGAAUAUUUUGCCCGAUUUCUGAAUGAAUUCCCUACCCAGAGACAAGAGAUUGAAAAGUGUAUCAGAUGCCUUUGGGAAAUGGCCGAUGACAUUGACCAGACCCAUAAGAAGUGUACUAUUGCCAGCAUUGCUGCCAACUCUACCAGUGCCUCCUCUGGCCUCUUGACCAUCCUGGGACUCACCUUGGCCCCCAUCACAGCAGGUGGGAGCUUGAUCUUGACAGCCACUGGGAUCGGUUUAGGGGCAGUGGCAACAGCGACUGGCCUUUCUGCCACCUUAUAUGAGAGCGUGAAUAAUUCACAGGAACGGAAAAAAGCUCAAGAACUGGUGAGUGAAUGUGAGAAAAGUCUAAGAAAGGCAAUGCAUCCCGAUUUCUACUUUGGGUCGCCCCCAAAUAGCGGGGCUGUGGGGGAAAACAUGAAACAACUCGUCUCCAAUGUUGCCGGUCAAGUUCCUGACCUGUAUAAGGCUGUGAAGGGAAUCAGAAUGAAUGUAAAGGCACUGAAGCAAGUCCGAGCCAAUCCUGGCUUGAAGGAUUUAGCAAAGCGAGUCACUGCUGCAGGUAGCAGAUCCCGGGCUACAAUCCGAGGGGCCAAGCAUGCCAGAAGGGUCUUUGCAGGAACCACCCUUGCCAUGAGCAAAGGGGCCAGGCUGCUGAGUGCUGCAUCAACUGGGGUGUUUCUCCUCUUCGAUGCCUAUGGCAUUGUUCAGGAUGCUAAACAUUUGACUGAGGGAGCCAAGGCAGAAACGGCUGCAGAGAUAAGAAAGAAAGCUAGCAAACUGGAAGAAGAACUUCGUCAUAUUGACAGGCUCUAUGAGGAAAUGAAAGGCCUUGUGUGCGAAUCAGAGUGAGCAAAGAAACAGACGGCAUGCGCGUGAACUAGGCAAUUCUCUAUUAGUUUGUAUUUGGUCAUGGUAAAUAUGUGGAAUCGUUUCUGACUUGCAGCUAUCUACUUCACAUUUCUUCAAGAAACUCUGGCCCAAUACAGAUGCCCAUUUUGCCAUGUGUCAACAUUUUCUACCAUAGAUCUGCAUGGUUGCCUGAAUUAAUGAAAGCAUGUUUUGUGUGCGAUUGUGUGUUUGCCCUGCUGUCGAUUCUAGUUUGGGGGCCUUAUGAGGCGGUAAGUCUUGCCCACAUUAACCACUCGGUAAGCUGGCCGUCUAUAUUAGUAACUCAUGGCUGGUAACAUUGACAGCCUCUCCAAGUGCUCUUUUUAUUGUGCAUUCAUGAUGAUUUGUGCUCAUGAUGGUAUUGGGAGAGUUAUACAUGAUCCCACUGUUUGUGCCUGCAAAAAUUGGGGGCGAACAUACUGCUUCAUUUCCAAUUGGUGCAUGUCCCAUACUGCUGCAAUCCUGCAACUUAUCAUACCACAAAUAUUCCAGGGUUUGUUCUGCUUUUGCUACAUUGUGACACAAGAUUCCACACCACCCCCUGAUGGCAAUAUUGCAGUAACACUGGGGAGGCAUCACAACUAAUAAAAUGGAAUGAUGGAUGGAUGGACCCACCAAUACAUACACAUACCAACCAAUAAUGCAUUAUUAUUGCAUCAAUGGCAUGUUGCAGAAUAUACCCUUAAAAAUAAGAAGUGUGAAGUGGCAUUGAGUAUGGAAGGUGUUCCUACUGAACAAGUUUCCCAUGGGUGGGGCUGUCUUUCAAGGAACAGCUUGCCUUUCCAGCUUUAAACUUCAGAUUUAUUUUCCAAGUGUUGUUUACAUAUUUUGAAAGAGUUUUGAAAGAGUUUGAGAGUUAUUAUUUAAUCAUCAUGUAUGUUUGGGUGUGAUUUGAUAGGAGCAUCUUUUUCAUAAAUAAAUGAAACCCAUUCGUUAUUGGAGAAUAAGAAAA